GGAGUGGAUUCAGUCCUUUUGUGCGCCAAGGAAGCAAAGCCAGGACCAGAGGCUGGUACAGGUUAAUGCCGGAAAUGACAGCGGUAGUGGACCCUCGCCACAUCUCUGAAGACUGCAAAGUGGCCCAUCCUCAGGACCCUCACCACCCAUCGGAGAAGCCUGUCAUUCACUGCCAUAAAUGCGGGGAGCCAUGCAAGGGCGAAGUGCUUCGGGUCCAGACCAAGCAUUUCCAUAUCAAGUGUUUCACCUGCAAAGUGUGCGGCUGCGACCUGGCCCAGGGAGGCUUCUUCAUAAAGAACGGGGACUAUCUGUGCACCCUGGACUACCAGAGGAUGUACGGAACACGGUGCCACGGCUGCGGGGAGUUCGUGGAGGGUGAGGUGGUAACUGCCCUGGGCAAGACCUACCACCCCAACUGCUUCGCGUGUACAAUCUGCAAGCGCCCGUUUCCACCCGGAGACCGAGUCACAUUCAAUGGGAGAGAUUGUCUUUGUCAGCUCUGUGCACAGCCGAUGUCUUCCAGCCCUAAAGAAGCCACCUGCUCCAGCAACUGUGCCGGCUGUGGAAGGGACAUUAAGAACGGGCAGGCACUGCUAGCUCUGGACAAACAGUGGCAUUUGGGCUGCUUCAAGUGCAAGUCCUGCGGGAAGGUUCUCACCGGCGAGUACAUCAGCAAGGAUGGCUCCCCAUACUGUGAGAAAGACUACCAGGGGCUCUUUGGGGUGAAGUGUGAAGCCUGUCACCAGUUUAUCACAGGAAAAGUCCUGGAGGCAGGUGACAAGCAUUACCAUCCCAGCUGCGCACGAUGCAGCAGAUGCAACCAGAUGUUCACAGAAGGGGAGGAAAUGUAUCUGCAAGGUUCUACCGUGUGGCAUCCCGACUGUAAGCAGUCCACCAAGACCGAGGAGAAGCUGCGGCCACCAAACAUUCCGCGCUCUUCAUCCGAUUUCUCUUAUCCCAAAAGUCUGAUUCGUCGCACAGGACGGUCCCCAGCUCUACAGCUUCUGUCGCCACCCUGUCUGGUGAACUCCAGCAAAAAUCUCAGGCAGCCCACCAGGACCUCCUCUGAAAGUAUCUACUCUAGGCCAGGCUCCAGCAUCCCUGGCUCGCCAGGCCAUACCAUCUAUGCAAAAGUAGACAACGAAAUCCUGGAUUACAAGGAUUUAGCAGCUAUCCCCAAGGUCAAAGCGAUCUAUGACAUCGAGCGACCAGAUCUCAUUACCUAUGAGCCUUUCUACACAUCAGGCUAUGAGGACAAGCAGGAGAGACAGAGCCUUGGAGAGUCUCCAAGGACUUUGUCUCCAACUCCAUCUGCAGAGGGUUAUCAGGAUGUCCGGGAUCGGAUGAUCCACAGGUCCACCAGCCAGGGCUCCAUCAACUCCCCUGUGUAUAGCCGGCACAGUUACACUCCAACUACAUCUCGCUCGCCCCAGCACUUCCACCGACCUGAGCUCUUGUCUCCUGGUGUGCACAGGUGGUCUCCCCUGCGCACCAGCAGCUUCAGCUCCACCCACAGCGACUCCCGUCCCAACCCCCCCUUCCGACACCACUUCCUCCCCCAUGUCAAAGGCAAUGAGCCGUCCAGCGGCCGGAACUCCCCUCUCCCCUACCGGCCUGACAGCCGCCCUCUAACUCCAACUUACGCUCAGGCCCCUAAACAUUUCCAUGUUCCAGAUCAAGGAAUCAACAUUUACCGAAAACCGCCCAUCUACAAACAGCAUGCUGCCUUGGCAGCCCAGAGCAAGUCCUCAGAAGAUAUCAUCAAGUUUUCCAAGUUCCCAGCAGCCCAGGCGCCAGAUCCCAACGAGAUACCAAAGAUUGAAACGGACCACUGGCCGGGUCCCCCCUCACUUGCCGCCGUAGGAACUGACCCGAGACGCAGAUCUAGUGGCAGAGAGGAAGAUGAGGAGGAGCUUCUGAGACGCCGGCAGCUUCAAGAAGAACAGCUGAUGAAGCUCAACUCAGGCCUGGGGCAGCUGAUCCUGAAGGAAGAGAUGGAGAAAGAGAGCAGAGAAAGAACAUCCCUGCUGGCCAGUCGCUAUGACUCCCCACUCCACUCCGCUUCACAUGCUCCAUCGUCUAAAACUUCAUCUCUCCCUGGUUAUGGCAAGAAUGGCCUUCACCGGCCGGUUUCCACAGACUUUGCUCAGUACAACAGCUAUGGAGACAUCAGUGGCGGAGUUCAAGACUACCAGACCCUCCCAGAUGGUCACAUGCCUGCAGUGAGAAUGGAUCGAGGAGUAUCCAUGCCCAACAUGUUGGAACCAAAGAUAUUUCCAUAUGAAAUGCUCAUGGUGACCAACAGAGGGCGCAACAAAAUCCUGAGAGAUGUGGAUAGAACCCGGCUGGAGCGCCACUUAGCCCCAGAAGUGUUUUGGGAAAUCUUUGGGAUGUCCAUACAGGAAUUUGACAAGUUACCUCUUUGGAGACGCAAUGACAUGAAGAAAAAAGCUAAACUCUUCUAAGUCCCUCAAGUAAACGACAAUCAGCAAAAGGACUCUCCGUGGCGGUGGUGCCUAGAACAUUGUACUAAGGCCCAGAAUUGAUCAGAGAAUUCAUUCACCACCGUCUCUUGGUUGGCAGCAACCUCGAGGGCAAGUCUGAUCUUAGCACCCGUGAGCCACAUCCUGGGCCAAGCAACGAAGGCAUAGAAUUCAGCAGAGACGUCCACACGGGACCUUUUCUCGGGACUCUGUAGGGGUUCUUUCUCCUUUUUACUUUCCCCUUUAACCCAUGUCUAACUUAGUGCUGCCUGUGUUGGUAAGAGUCAGCAAGUGCCCUUAGGAAGCCACACAGAGGGGAUGCUGGGAGUCCUGAAGUAUGAAUCUUAUUUAUUAUGUAGCACUGUGGUGGAGCAGGAAUCCAGGGGCCUGCAUCAAUCUGGUAGCAGCAACUGUGCCUGUCCUUGGCAGCCUCCCUCCGCUCCGCCUGGGCUCUGAGGGAAAUGGAACUGUCAAGGAACAGGUAGUUCUAAGUGUGAGGCUGAAUACCAGCAAAAAUGAUUUAAACAAGCUCCCAUUCUCUUCCUGUGUGCUGAGACCUGGCUGGCCAACAGCUAGAGGAGAAAAAAAAUUAAAACAAUGGAAAAGGAAAAAGGAAUGAAGGAGCCUCCCUCCCUGAAAGCUUUUUCUGCUUCUAAGGCUGUGGCCAGCCCUUUCCCCUAAAAAUUGAUAGGAACUGGCAUGUCCACCUUUCCAAAGAGAGGAAAGGCAAAAAGGGUUUCCACGUUGGUCCAGCUGCUGAUAGGCAGUUUUUGCCCAAGAAUCAUGUGUCUCUUGGAGAAGAGAACUCUGUGCCCUGCCUCAUCACAAGGUCUCCCUCUCCAUGUCUGUCUGUCUAGCAUCUGCUGGGUCAGGUCAAGCCCACACUGGUUUUGUGUUUUAAGGGCAUGGACAUGAUUUUCUAAAGUAGAUUGCUUUCGCUCAGCCUGGUUGACAAGCACACGUGUGUUCACAUCUGUGUGUAAUGUGCUGUGUAAUCUCUGCUUGAAAGUUGACCAUACUGUGCUGUGGCUUUGAAGGUCAUUUGCACAAGAGCAUGUGACCCAGAGAUGGAGAGUGAGGUUCAGGGAGGGUACUUAGAGACCAGCCUGUUCUGUGUGUUAGAGAGGUUCAUGCUGGGUUCAGACUAAGGACCACAGAAGGAAGGCUGGGCUAGUUUAGGGCUCAGAACGUGGCACCAGAGCCCUUCCAUGCUCUCAGUGUGAAUCGGAAUGCAGUUCUUUCACUAAAAUGUGUGAAUAAGGCCACAUCAUAAGGACUGGUGUGAGUUGGCUUAGGGUCUCCAGAGCCACAGGAAAGAAGUUAGAUCACAUUGAUUCUCCUGCUAUGGGACUCUCCUUGGGAAGUUAAGUUCUGAAUUAAAGCCAAGAGGGGAUCUACCCACAAGAAAUUCCUUCUGAAGGAGUAAAGCCACUAGCUGACUAGCUGUCUUGCCACACCUGCAGUAAAGAUCAAAAAACACAGAUUCUCAGCCCAUGGUGAGCCUGUGGCUUGUGACCCACUUCUUUGGACUAUCCUGCUGCAUUCUUGUAAGAGAGUUAAGUAUGAGAACUAGUCUCACAAGUGUGUGUGGAUCUGUUAGUACACUCAGCAAGAGGGCUGGACCACUGGCCUAGGUAGAUGGGCCCCACGCCUCUUGGGGAGGCAGGCUGCAGAAAUGGGUUCCCUGCAUGUCUCUAGCUUCCUCCCAUGAUUUCAUUGUUUGGCUCCAGCUUCCCUGCUCAUCACUGACUGCCUCAGCACCAGGUCUGCAUCACGUGGUUCUCACAUUGCCCUGGCAGCGUAUAGGAUGGGGAGUAGGGUGAAUUCAGUGUUCACAGUCAGGGUGGCCUGGUGGGAGCCUGACUUUAUCCAAUAUGGAGAUAACAUGACCCUCCAUGCUUUUUACUGGUUAAUGCUGUUUCUCAUAAUGAUCCAGAUGAGAAAAACUGGGGUAUUCAGGAAACGGGGUGGUUGCUAAGGCUCCGCACCUGCUUUCCAUAAAGCUAUGGUGGCUCUGUCCUGACAUAGGAAAGAAAGUUCAGCUGUAGGGGAGGAGGGGGAAGACAGUCUUUUUCUUUAAGUUAUAGAGAGCCUUAAGUUAAAGGACCUGCCUAGGAUUGCAAUAAUUGAGGAAUUGAACUCUUAAAUUCUUGCAAUAAUGAAGCCAUGCCUCUUUGACUAUUUGAAUUCAGUUCUCCAUCUAAGUUGGAAAAAAAAAUUGCAUUCAAUCAGCAUAGUAGUCCAUUAAAAUUGUAUCAAGCAAAAAAAAAAAUGCAUCACUAGACAACACCAGUAAGAACCCUGCUGCUCUGGGGAACGUGUCAGGAGUGCAGCUCCGCUCCCUAGCAGAAGACUCCAGCCAGGAGGAUGUGUUGGGGAUGGUUCUAACUGCCAGGCAUAAUGCCAGGGAUAUUAAUGGCUCCACGUGAUUGACCUCAGCAUGAAAAAGCGGUUUUCUUCACUCGGCUCUACCCUGCUGGGCACAGGAAAAUUCCAAUUGCUAAGAAAUCAAAGCAGCUCGUCCACUUGGAGGGAGGCUCCUACACAGGGCGGACUCGGUGCGCAUAUUAAGGGCUAUAUUUUCUAGCAUUUACUUGCGACUUGAUACAGAUUGCAGGGCCUAAAAGAGGCUUCUGGGGCCACCUGAGAGGCUCGGUAUUUUCUUCAAAACUUCUCCAAGAGAGUCCAGGCUCUCACGUCGUCUUCCUGUGCAACCUAUUAGAGAUAUGAAAAGCCUUUGGAAACAGCUAGCUCUGCAUUUUCAUACUGGUGUGGAGUUUGUUAUGAAAUAUUUUUACUAUGACUCCUUCAACAACUAAAUAUGAACUUCCUGUUCUCUAAACCUCAAAGAGAAAAAACUGAAGUUAAUGGGUACUAAGGUGCAAAAUAAAGGGGUGGGGGUUGGGAUGGUUUUCUAUCUGUCUUGUUCUCUGUUCUCCCUGAUACUGUUGCCUCCAGCCAGAGCCUCUUCUCUCCAGAGGCACAGCCCCACCCCUGAUGUUUCAAUCUCUGUCUACUGUCAGUCACCUCCAGAGGAGAGGUUCAGCUGGAGGUGUUUCUAAAACAGACAGACUACUUUACUUUGAAGCAAACCUCUUUUUUUUAAAGUUUGCUUCAUCGAUGAUGCUGUUAAAUAUAUCUGCUUUUGCAAGUUUGAAGGAAUUCAAAUUAACCUCCUUUGAGCCUUUGUUAAAAGAGAAGAAAAUCUCAAGCAAACUUGGAGUGGCGUUCCAGGGCGUGUUGCGGGAGCAGGCCUGGCUCCCGGCUGUGCUCUGCGUGAACUCUGGCUCCGGAGAGAUUUCUAGUAACUGUUCAAUCUGUACUUUCUGUGCCCGCCUUGGUUUUGAGUUGCAUUUUUUUUUCUUCUUUAGACAAACCAGAGCUUUGUAUGCUUCAAGUUCACUGUUCUGUGCCCCCCUUUGAAGAACUUUCUAUGCAGAAAAAAGAUGGUCAGGGCUUUGGAUUUGCAGCGAUGUGUCUUCCAGUGGCAGUGUACAGGGAAGAAACACCCAUGUCCCCUGGAACAGGAGGACAAGCAAGCCUUCGGCAUCUACAAGAUUACUGUUUGCAUUUUCUACCCAUGAGCAGAAGGAGACAGUGACAAUGGACUGCUCUCACUUGUGUGUGCUUAGUGUUGCAGCAAACUCACCAAGAAGGGGACAAGCGGCUGUUGAAAUGGAAGCUUUCUAAGCAGACAGCGUGUGCACAGUAAAGUCCAGCAGAGCCCACUUGUUCUCCCAGAAGCUUAAUGUAAUUGAAUAGCAGUGAUCACUAAAUAAAAUUCUUUUCUGAGUCUCUCCCAA